GUAUAUUAGUUACGAAUCAUUAUGGCCAGCUCGAACGUGUCCGACUGGGAUGAGCCGUUGCCCACAUCAUCGCUCGAGGAGGCCGAAGAGGAGGAUCCGGAUUACUGCAGUCCUAGCAAUCGGCAGCGCAGGCAGGAGGAGAACGUGGACAAGCUGCGGUCGUAUGUCCGCCGUAUGGCCUACCAGCCAUCCAUGCCGCCCAAGGCACGGCCAAGCGAUGUGACCAGAUCCCAGCCCAGGAUGCAAGACCUGAUGGAAAGCUACGCGCGGUUCAAGGAUGUUUACGACCCUAAGCUGCGGGCCAAGCGGAUCAAGAGAAUGUUGGGCAAAUACAAUGCCAUAACCACAGAACAGCUUGGGGAGGUCCUGAAGAGCAACGAAAUGAAAGAGCGACGCAAGGAGGACUUCUUAAAGCGCAAGCAGGAGCUGUACUACAACAUGUUGACCAAACUGGAGCGCCAGUGUCGUACACAGUACCUGAACGUGCUCAUCAAGAAGUUUGCCAAGUUCAUAGCCCAUUUGGCCACCACCAUGCGCAUACCGCCGCAGCUGGUCGAUCCGUACGCCCGCAUGCAGCGCGGCAUCUUCUGCAACAUCCUGCUGGCCAUUGGUGUGCAACCGACCUCACAGUCGGCCAUCUACUACACAAGCCAGGACGCCAUCGAGUAUGAUGUGUGCCACCGCCUGGCCCACGCUCUCCUCAGUCUUGUGAUCAAGGCCCUGGACUCGGCAGCCACCCGUGAUCCCAACGAGCUGGCCAAGCCCGUCGACAUGGACCUGGAGAUGGACAAUCACAUCAAGCGUCGCCUCAUGUGCGCCGCUGAGAAGAAGAUCUCAUACGAGCGCCGUCGCAACAGGCAGCAGCCGACAUUCAAAAAGAGCGCUUUCGACAAGUGCAGUGCCCCCAAAUGCGGGUAAGGAGGGGGUUCGAGGGAUGCGCUCCAUGUAUGGGUUUUGUAUUGUCCAAUGAAUCGGGGACACACA